AUGCCUAUGGAUGAAUUUUUACCGGAAGAUGAAUAUGAAGAUGGACCAAUUAAUUUGGUUUCUCCUCAAGAAAGUCGAAUGAUCGAACAUGUCGAUUCCUCGAAUUAUUGGGAUGUUCAGAGAAAGGAGUUAGCUGAUCAAAUGCAAGUAAUGGCACCUCAUCGGAGUUGGGUACAAUCUGAAGAUGACAUAUUGGUUGAUGUUUUGACGGAACUUGCACUUGAUGGCAAGUGGAAGAGUGAUACAGGAUUUAAAUCUGGCUAUUUGAAAGUGAUUGAGCAAAAAUUAGCUGAGAAACUACCCAAUUCCGGGUUAAGUACUACCAACAUUGAUUCGAGAAUAAAGAAUUUGAAGAAGCAUUCAAUGGAAAUCAAUGAAAUGCUAAGUUCUGGAAGUGGUUUUGAAUGGGAUUAUGUCAACAAUAAGCUUGUGUGUGAGAAGAAUUUAUUUGAUGAAUGGGCUAAGUCUCAUCCAAGUAUAAAGGGAGUGUAUGGGAAAGUUUUUCCUCAUUUGGACGCAUUGGUUGAAAUAUUUGCUGAAGAUAGAGCAAAUGGUAAAGGAGCUGCUUCUUUAGCUGAAGAGUUGGAAGAGAUAGAUAAAGAAGAUGAGCAAGAAAGGGAGAACGAAACAAAACAGGAAACUGAACAAGAAACAGAACGCGAACAAAGUAACCAAUCUGGAUCAGUGGACGAAGCCAAUAAUAGUAAUGAUAAAGGUAGGAGGAGGAAGAGGGUUAGAUCAUCUUCUUUGGAUGUUGGAUCUGGUGAAUCAAGUGGUGAUUCGAAUGGUCUUAAUCUGAUGGCUAAUUCUUUCAGCAAGUUUGUAUCAGGCACUCUUUCACAUUUUGAAGCAAUUCGUAGUACAUUGGCCCAAGAAUCAGACACCAACAAACAGUUGUUUGAGGAGCUACAGAAGAUUGAUGGUCUUACUGAUGAUGAUGUGAUAGAUGCUGCUUCGAUUAUACUUGAUUCAUCUACGAAGACCAAAAUGUUUUUCGGGAUAGAAGAAGGGAAGAGGGCUCACUAUGUGAAGAAUAGAAUACUCAAGUAG